AUGGCUUCAACUGCAUCGCAGCCUCAACAAAUUAAUGUUGCUGAUCUUGACCUCCAGCAAUUAUCUGAUGUGCGCCGCCAGCUAGAUGAGGAGCUGAACCACCUCACGAACUCAUUCGCUCAACUGAAGCAGGCGCAGGCCAAGUUCAAGUCAUGCAUCGAGAAUGUCGGAGAAGUUAAACCUCAAAACAAAGGAACGACUAUCCUCGUUCCUUUGACCAACUCCCUUUAUGUUCCCGGUCACCUGAGUGAUGCAGAGAACGUGAUCGUCGACGUUGGCACGGGGUACUACGUGAAGAAGGCAUGUACAAGGUCUUGUGUUGCAUCUCGAGCCCAAGCAACAAAAUAUUAUGAAACAAAAGUGGAAUAUAUUCGCACCAAUCUCGAUACACUACAAGAAACGAUACAGAAGAAACAGGAGAAUAUGAACUACCUCGUUAAUGUAAUGCAAGCUAAACUACAGCAGCCCCAGACACAGCCCUCCAAAGUCUGA